AUCGCAAGAAGGACGCGGCGAGUGAGGCGAAACAGCAAGGUCGACGGCGCCGUCCCCGGCGAGGUCCGCGAUCAUUCCGUCACCGGCCACCGGUGACGAUCGCGAGUAUCCGACAACGAGAGACAACACCUCGCCUCGGUAGUCAUAUGAUCGUCGGUGGCUUCAUCACGAACACCCCAUCUCAUAUCAACCACCUACGAAGAGGGAUUUAACCAUCAUUACAUUUUCUAAUGGACUGUUUAUAGUACUUACCAAGGAUCUCUCAUAACGAUCAAGAUGGCACCCGAUCCACUAACACAAAUGAACACAUAUCGUUCAUAUGUGACCAUGCUGGCUGACCCAGUUUCAAAGGAUGAGUUGAAACUAAAGGCAGCCCAAGAAUUAUCAGAAAAUUUUGAGAUUAUUAUGUGUUCAUUGCAAUAUCCACAAUUUCUCGAUCAUAUGAUGAAAAUCUUUCUGAAGAUAUUGCAAGAGGGAGAGCCACACUUCAUAUCAGAAUAUAAUAUUCAACAAGUUAGAAAAUUAAUUCUGGAAAUGAUACACAGAUUACCCAGCAAUGAAUACUUGCGUCCAUAUGUCAGGCAAAUUCUGACUCUUAUAUUCAAAUUGCUAGAGACAGACAAUGAAGAAAACGUUCUCGUUUGCUUACGUAUUAUAAUUGAUCUUCAUAAGCAAUAUAAACCGACAUUUAAUCCAGAAAUUCAGUAUUUCCUUCAAUUUGUUAAAUCGGUGUAUAGCGAAUUACCAAAAAAUUUGUCAAAAAUAUUUGAACCGCGUCCCCCUCUGCGUGUGAAAGACCUAUCGGAAAUUAACAUAGAAGCCUUGUUGAAAGAAACGUUCACGAUUACAGCGAUACAAAGUGAAAAGAAAGCUGCCGAUGGCACCGUUGUAACGUACAAUUUGAUUCCAAAAGCAGUGCUGUCUCUUAAGGUGCUUCAAGAAUUGCCAAUAAUUGUAGUUCUAUUGAAUCAAUUAUACAAACAGAACGUAUAUCAGGAUGUAUCGGAUUUUGUUCCAAUUGUAAUAACAACUAUAUCGCUUCAACCUAGUCUCCAGCAUCGAUCGUCACCUGGAUUCAAUAAGGAAGUCUUUGUAGAUUUUAUGGGUGCUCAAGUAAAGACACUGUCUUUUCUUGCGUAUGUUAUAAGGCCUUACCAAGACUUAAUAUCUCAAAACAGCACGAUGUUGGUAAAAGGUAUACUAGGCUUGUUUACUCUUUGCCCAAUGGAAGUAGCUCACUUACGCAAAGAACUCGUCAUAGCUUCACGUCACAUACUCGCAACGGAUCUACGAAAUCAUUUUAUUCCACAUAUGGAGAUCUUUUUUAACGAAGAUAUCUUUAUCGGUCACGGUUGGACCGCGCAUGAAGCGCUGAGACCUUUAGCUUACUCCACACUCGCCGAUUUAGUUCAUCAUGUUAGACUUCAGUUACCUCUCAAUGACGUAUCUAAAGCGGUGCAUUUGUACGGCAAGAAUUUGCUUGAUCAGACUUUACCUACCGCUGUACAGAUGGUUUCUUGUAAGUUACUGAUGAAUCUAGUGGAUACAGUCAGGCAAAGAUCUGAUGCCGAGAACAGCACUCAAGGACGCGAACUGUUGAUCCGUAUACUGUUGGUUUUUGUUCUAAAAUUUAAAACUAUCGCCAAGAUAUAUAUUCCAAUUCUGCGAAACAAAGCGAAACAGUUACGGCCCGCCGUAACGGAGACUACAACUGAGGAUACAAAGUCAUGUAUCGAGGUAAAUGAGGAGAAAGAACAGCCAAAAUCGAAAUUUGGUUUCCCAACUUCUCAGGCGAUGAGCUACAAUGUAGUAGAUUACAGAAAUCUAGUGAAAAGUUUGGUCCAUGGCGCUAAGGCAAUAACAACUAACUGCAUUAAGAGCCGAUCUGGCGAGGCGACGCAAUCCAAUCAGCUUCAGCCGAAAGAGACUUUGAUUUAUAUACAGCUUGUCAAGUGGGCUUUACCGGCCUUGGAUAUCUAUACGAUAGGACCACCAGCGAUCGGCGUUCCCGCACAGCCUGGCAGACCGAUGCAAUCCCAAACUAUACGAACGCGAGAAGAAAAAGAAGUAUUAGAUCUCUUUGGUAACGUGUUCACGCAAAUGAAUCCUCAAACAUUUCAAGAGAUCUUUUCCGUAUCUAUAGAUUAUAUGGUCGAAAGAAUAUUUAAAAACUGCGCUUUGCAAAUAAUUGGAAGUUCAUUUUUAUCGAAUCAUACAGUCUCAUCGACAUUCGCGACGAUACUAGUGGAAUAUCUGCUCGAACGAAUGAGCGAAAUGGGCUCAAAUAUUGAACGAAGUAACCUGUAUCUAAAAUUAUUCAAACUUGUCUUUGGUAGCGUGUCACUCUUUCCAACCGAAAACGAACAUAUGCUGCGACCACAUUUAAAUCUAAUCGUAAAUCGCGCUAUGGAGCUAGCUAUGUCAGCGAAGGAACCGUAUAACUAUUUUCUGCUGUUGCGUGCAUUGUUUCGAUCUAUAGGCGGUGGUUCUCAUGACUUAUUAUAUCAAGAAUUCUUACCUUUGCUCCCUAAUAUGCUGGAGGGACUGAACAGAUUACAAUCUGGUUUACAUAGACAACAUAUGAAAGAUCUCUUUGUCGAGUUAUGUUUAACUGUACCAGUGCGACUCAGUUCUCUCUUACCAUAUCUUCCGAUGUUAAUGGAUCCCUUGGUAUCCGCUCUCAAUGGAAGUUACUGUCUAGUAAGCCAAGGUUUACGUACUUUAGAAUUAUGCGUCGAUAAUCUUCAACCAGAUUUUUUGUAUGAGCAUAUACAACCAAUCCGUGCUGAAUUGAUGCAAGCACUUUGGAGGACAUUGCAUAAUUCUACUGAUCAAGCUCACGUCGCUUUCAGAGUUCUUGGCAAAUUUGGCGGCGGAAAUCGGAGAAUGAUGAUUGAGCCACAAAAACUAGAAUACAACGAUCGCGAAACUAAUUCUCCUAAUGUGGUAGUUUAUUUCCAAGGCUUUUCUCAGUCAAUCGAGCUUCCAAUGGAAAAAGUGAUCGAAGCUACAUUCAAUGCAUUGAAAUCUAAUACGACGGAUGUGUUCUAUCGCAAGCAAUGUUGGGAGAUCAUCUAUUGUUAUUUGGUGGCGUCCUUAAAAAUGGACGACGCUGCUCACUUGUGGUACGAUUUGUUCACUCAUCCGAGUUUUAAAGAAAGUGAGAUACCGCCUCAACAAGGACCACACUAUAGGUGCCUCGAUGCUGUAGCACGAAAUGUUCAACAAACAGCAUUGACCAGCAUGUUUGUUGCCGUGGAGAUCAAGGAAUUGAGACCUGCGGUGCUUGACACCGUCGUUUCCGUCGUGAGACAUUACACGAUGAUUGCCAUAGCGCAACAAGCCGGUUUGUUCAGUUGGACGGAUCGGGAAAUCCGCAAGGAUAUACAAGGUCAAGAUCCACUGGUGUUGAUCGACGCUCUCGCUGUCAUAAUGGGCCACGACGAGAGGGAGUUAUAUAAAGCGGGAUACCUGGCGCUCGUAUUGAUAUUAGAAACAGCAACAAACAUCCUGGGUUCUAAGGAACGAGCCUGCCAAUUGCCUUUCAUGGAGUAUCUAGCCGAGAGAAUGUGUUCACUGUGCUACGAGCGCGCCUGGUAUGCCAAACUGGGUGGAUGCAUAGCGAUAAAAUUUCUAUUUGAACGAAUGGCUACUAAAUGGGUUCUCAAUCAUUUAUUUGUCUUCCUAAAAGCUCUUAUAUUCGUAAUGAUGGAUCUAACCGACGAGGUGUCCAACGGUGCUAUCGACAUGGCAAAAGAAAAUUUGGAAAAGAUGCUGAGAGUGUGCGUAAAUCCUGGUAUUCAGGAAGGCAACAUGGAAUUGAUAGAAGCACAAAACAAGAGCCUGUACGAGGUCACUCGCGAACUAGUCAAACAAGUGACAUCGCCGCAUACAAUUGUGCGUGAACAGGCUAUGGCCUCGUUACGUCAGCUCGCCGAAAUACAGCAUAAAUCGGUGACGGAAGUCAUGGAACCACAUAAAGAAGUUUUAGCAGAUAUGAUACCACCAAAGAAGCACCUUUUGAGGCAUCAACCAACCAAUGCGCAAAUUGGUUUGAUGGACGGUAACACAUUCUGUACUACCUUGAAUCCGCGUCUUUUUACCAUUGAUUUAAAUAUCUUAGAGCACAAGGUGUUUUUCCAAGAGUUGUUCAACCUCUGCGAAGCGGACGACGCCACUCUCACUAAGCUAGCUUGUUACAAAUCGAUUUCGAAUUUGAUGCCUCUGAGAAAGUCGGCAUUAAGAGCAUUGGCAGCCUGCCAUUACAUCGUGGCCUGCCGCGAGAAAAUACUCGGAGUUCUUUACAAAUCUUUGGAAAAACCUCAAGCUGAGCUGCAAGAAACAGCCUUUGAAUGCAUGAAAACAUUCAUCGCCGGUUUCCAGCUGGAAAUGGAGUCUAUUCACACAAUGAUGCGACCUAUGCUAUUGACACUGGGUGAUCAUCGAAACUUGAGCUUGAAUUGCGUUAGAAGGUUAUCAUAUUUAACGCAGCUCUUCCCGAGCACUUUCAGCGUUACUUUGUGUGAACAAAUGCUGCAACAUGUAAAGAAGUUUUUGGAGAAUCUGAUUCAAUCUCGCAAAGGUACAUCAAAGUCUGGUGAAAUUGAACAAAAAAUUACUAUCAUUAUUGGGAUAUAUCACAACAUUCCAGCAUCGCUACCCAAGUUCAACGAUCAGCUUUGCAGAUUUAUUCUUCAAACUGAAAAGACACUACUAGUCGAAGUUUCCAGCCCCUUCCGAGAACCUCUGAUGAAAUGUCUUUUACGUUUUCCGACGGACGCGCUCAAUCUAUUUCUGCAUGAUAGCAAUAUCAAGGAUCAACAAUGGAGCAGGUAUCUAGAAUAUCUUAUUAGCCAUAAAGACGGUAAGCCGUUCCGUGAUAUUUUACACAACAGCACGGCGCGACUCGUCACAAUGCUGCUCGCUCACUCACAAACGAAUUCCAAUUUGACUCAUAUGGAAAAGAAUGAAGUGCAGUACCGGGCGAUCAAGAUUAUCGGUAUACUUAUUAAGUAUGACGAACAAUGGUUAUCCACCCAGAAUCAAUUGGUAGGCGCAUUGAAGCAAAUCUGGUACAAUGACGACUAUCAGACGUUGCACAAGAAAGUCGAGGGUGUCGAAUACUGUCACUGGAAGGAGCCGAAACACAUUGUCAAGAUUCUACUACAUUAUUUCCGUCAUCAACCGAACGAUAUCGAUCUGCUGUUCCAACUGCUUCGGGCCACGUGCGAUCGGUUUGUGCCGGACUUUCAGUUCCUGAGAGAUUUUCUGGAGAACACAGUUGCGCAGGAAUAUACAGUCGAAUGGAAGCGAAGCGCUUUCUUCCGUUUCGUCGAACAUUUUCCCACAAACAACAUGUCGCAGGAGCUAAAAGCCAACGUUCUGCAACUAAUCAUUAUUCCGUGUUUUGCGAUAAGCUUCGAACGCGGCGAAGGUACAAAACUGGUCGGAGGCGCACCGAUGCCUUACCAAGACAACCCGGAGAACGUUGUAUCGGUAUUUAUCAGCAAGAUAAUUGACCCGGACAAUCCGUUUGGCUCCGCCGACUGCGUCCGUAUCUCUCUGUUGCAAUUCUCUUGUCUUCUAGUGGAACAAGCGUCGCAGCACAUUCACGAUGUAACUAACAAAAGGCAAGGAAAUAAAUUACGUCGCUUAAUGACGUUCGCAUGGCCAUGUUUACUAGGCAAGAAUUGCGUAGAUCCGACUACUCGAUACCAUGGUCAUCUUCUUCUAAGUCACAUAAUCGCUAAAUUUGCUAUUCACAAACGCAUAGUAUUACAAGUGUUUCAUAGUUUGCUGAAGGCGCAUGCUGUGGAUGCGCGUAAUGUUGUGCGACAAGCAUUAGAAAUACUGACACCUGCGAUGCCUGUGCGGAUGGAAGAUGGUAAUACUAUGCUAACACACUGGACGAAGAAGAUCAUUGUAGAGGAAGGUCACUCUAUGCAACAAUUAUCUCAUAUUUUGCAACUUGUUGUGAGACACUAUAAAGUUUAUUAUCCAGUCAGGCACCAUUUAGUUCAACAUAUAGUAAACUCGAUUCAACGUAUAGGAUGCACUCCCACUGCUACCAUAGAACAUCGGCGACUGGCUGUCGAGUUAGCGGAAGUAAUCAUAAAAUGGGAGCUGUACAGGAUUAAAGAAGAAGGCGAAACUUCAGAAUCCAAGGCUAACGUACAGCCAUCAGGUGUAACUAAGCGGACGAUUAUCGAUGAUCCAUCUGGCAAACGCAUGAGCGCACAGACAGCAGCCGGUAAUAGUCCCGUGCCUCUUAUUUUACCCAGGAUGGAACCGGGAUCAGCGAAACCUAUUGAGAGAGCUCACGCGGACGCCGUUCUGAAUUUCCUGCUACGCCUUGCGUGUCAGGUAAAUGACGUGACAACAAUUCACGGUAAUCCUGGCGAACAACUAUCCAGACGCUGCGUGGCUCUGUUGAAGAUGGCACUGAAACCUGAUGUAUGGAUCGCUGAACAAUGCGAUUUAAAGCUAGCUUGGCUCGACAAAGUUCUUGCCAGCGUGGAUAGCAAUCAGCCCAAUCAACCGAAUUACGGUAACAUCAGUACGGCACUGGAAGUACUAACGUUUUUGUUGGGCGUGAUGAAGCGCGAGCAGAUACUUGUCAGUUUUAAGCCAUUGCAACGAGGAAUAGGUGCCUGCAUCGCAAGUAGCAAUACUAAAAUUAUACGUCUCGUACAUGGCUUGCUAUCGCGAUUAAUGACGAUUUUCCCAGCUGAACAAGCCUCUCCAAACAUAGCGCCUAAAUAUGAAGAGUUGGACACAUUGUACACAACCAUAGGCAGAUUUAUAGCCGAAGGAUUGGCUACUUAUGAAAAGACCACCACGGCUACACCGAGUUCACUUUUCGGCACGCUUAUGAUGCUUAAAGCUGCCUGUACAAAUAAUCCCAGUUAUAUUGACCGGCUCAUAACUCCAUUCAUGAGAGUGCUGCACAAAAUGGCCAAAGAACAUUUGCAUUCCACGCAGACUGAAGCCAAUCCUGUCACGAGCGAAUUAUUGAUUCUUAGUUUGGAUCUGGUCAAGAAUCGCGUCGCAGUUAUGGGCGUUGAUAUGCGCAAAUCGUUUAUAGGCUCGAUCUUGGUCGGACUGAUCGAAAAGACGCAAGACGUAAAGGUGAUGAAGGCUAUUACAAAAAUAUUAGAAGAAUGGAUGAAAAAUAAGACUACCCUUGCAGUGAAUCAGACGCCUAGUUUGCGUGAGAAAUCCAUCCUCCUGGUAAAAAUGAUGCAGUACGUCGAGAAACGUUUUCCCGACGAUCUAGAGCUGAACAGACAAUUCUUGGAGCUGGUGAAUUAUGUUUAUCGCGACGAAACUCUCAAGGCAACGGAAUUGACGAGUAAAUUAGAGCAGGCUUUUUUGGCAGGUUUGCGUUGUGUACAGCCGCAAGUGAGAGCGAAGUUCUUUGACGUAUUCGACAGUUCAAUGAAGAGACAUUUGGUCGAUCGUAUUUUGUAUAUUGUCUUCAGUCAGAACUGGGAGAACAUAGGAUCUCACUAUUGGAUCAAGCAAUGCAUUGAGUUGCUGCUGGCAACCGUUAAUCCGACCACUUUGGUACAAAUGACCAAUGAAGAUCUCUUGCUACCUAGCAUUACAACUAUUAUGCAAGAAGGCAUGGAUAAGGAAAACAAAGAUCAAACGCGCUUUGUCUGUCGUCUCGGUCGUAUUGAUGAGGAGCCACAGGAUGUCGAGAUGAAAAUCAAAGAAGAAGUAGACACAAAAGAAACGCUUGAGAUGGACGCUUGGAUGUCUAACCUAACGGAUUCCACGAGCGCCACUGCUUCUGUCGAGGAGAUUACAGAAAAGCCCAGCUUAGUGCAGAUGAUCAACAAACAGAUACAAUUUAUGGAGAAUGCGAAGAAGGUCAAAACGGAACAGCUGCUACUGGCAGCCGCUCAAUUAUGCCACAUGGACACUGGGUUGGCAGAACGCGUCUGGUUGGAUAUGUUUCCACGAAUAUGGUCUAUCUUGGAAGAAUCUCAUCUCAGAGUCAUAGCGAAAGAGGUGGCACCGUUCGUUGCCAGCGGCGUGCACGUUGUUCAAAAGGACUGCCAUCCGAGCGCGAUUGGUACCUUUCUGGAGUCACUGGCACACUGUAAUCCACCGGUAGCCAUAGCGCCGCCUGUGAUGAAAUAUCUAGGCAAAUCGCACAACGUCUGGCACCGAAUAACAUUAAGUUUAGAGCAAAUGGGCGCCGAGAUGGCAGCAGAUGGUAACGGUGGUAAUUCAAAGAGUAGAAGCGAAUCUGAUCUAUAUCGUUCGCCCGAUGAGACCGAGCAGAUUGAAGGUAUCAAUCCCUAUUAUGAAGUGAUGCACAUGCUCUCGGAGAUGUAUUCGUUACUUUGCGAGGAGGACAUGUGGUCGGGUCUGUGGCAAAAGAGGCCCGCACAUUACAAGGAGACCUUACACGCGAUUGCGCUAGAGCAACAGGGAUUCUUUGAACAGGCCCAAGGUGCAUAUGAGGUAUGCAUGACCAAGUUCCGGCAGGAUUACUCAUCUGCCCCAGCACCCUAUUAUCUCAAUGAAGAAAUGCUUCUCUGGGAGAGACAUUGGGAGCGCACUGUUAAAGAACAGAAUCAGUGGGAUACUCUAUUCGAAUUGGGCAGCCAUGGCAAUUACAAGAAUCCUUUCCUCGUCCUAGACAGUGCGUGGCGUACUCCCAAUUGGCCGGCGAUGAAGGAAAUUGUCGCACAGUUAGAACAAAAUUGUCCACGAGAAAUGCUUUGGAAGAUCAAUCUCUACCGUGGAUUUAUAACCUUGUGCAGUAGCGAAGACCAGCAUUUGAGCACCGUCGAGCGUUAUGUAGAACUUGCAUCUGGUUUAUGCAUGCGCGAAUGGCGUCGACUCCCGCGCAUUGUUAGCCACGUACACCAACCGCUAUUGCAAGCAGCCCAGCAGAUAAUGGAGCUUCAGGAGGCAAUGCAAAUUCAUCAAGGAUUGCUACACGGCAGAAGUAAUUCGCUGCACGACAUGAAAGCUAUCGUAAAGACAUGGCGAAAUCGCUUGCCUGUAAUAGCCGACGAUCUCAGUCACUGGUCGGAUAUCUUCACUUGGCGACAGCAUCACUAUACCUUUAUCACCAAUCACUACGAUUCUCAACAGGAUCCACAGACCGCUACUCACUCGUUGCUCGGUGUACAUGCCUCUAUGCAAGCGAUUAUUCAUUUUGGCAAGAUCGCCAGAAAACAAAAUCUCUGUGGCGUAUGCUUGGAUUCAUUGGCUAGGAUUUACAAUAUUCCUACAAGCGUACCUAUGGUCGAUUGCUUUCAGAAAAUCCGACAGCAAGUAAAAUGCCAUUUGCAGAUGGCUACCAUGGGAGGACAAAAUGAUUUGCAGGAAGGUUUGGACGUUUUAGAAUCAACUAAUAUGGGUUACUUUACGAAAGAAAUGGUAGCAGAGUUUUAUGCGCUCAAGGGUUUACUUCAGUCACAGUUAGGUCGCUCAGAUGAUGCCAACAAGAGCUUUUCCGCCGCAGCCCAACUACAUGACACUUUGGUAAAAGCUUGGUCUUUGUGGGGCGAUUAUCUCGAAAAUAUCUUUAUACGCGAUGCUCGUCAAAUCAGUAUCGGUAUCAAUGCUCUUGUAUGCUUCUUACACGCUUGUAGACAUCAGAAUGAAUCAAAGUCUAGAAAGUAUAUUGCUAAAAUUCUGUGGCUACUCACGUACGAUGACGAGAAGUCAUCGCUCAUGGAGACCGUGGACAAAUAUGCCGUAGGUGUACCGGCUAUUCAGUGGUUACCCUGGGUACCGCAGUUACUGAUGUACCUAGUUCGCCAUGAAGGCAAUGUAAUCCUAAACUUGCUGAGCCAAGUCGGUAGAAUGUUUCCACAGGCAGUUUAUUUCUCUAUACGUACUCUUUAUCUGACUUUGAAAAUAGAGCAGAGAGAAAGAUACAAAAGCGGUGAAUUGACUGCUGGUAAAAGUCAAGACGGUGUCGAAGAUCGCGGUUCCACCACAACGGGUAACGUACCACAGCAACAAGGAAUUCCGGAAACUGGUCAUACGGUACGUGCCACGGCGCCUAUGUGGCGAUGCUCAAAGAUCAUGCAUAUGCAGAGAGACAUCCAUCCAACUGUAUUGUCUAGUUUGGAGGGUAUAGUCGAUCAGAUGGUGUGGUUCCGUGAAACAUGGUAUGAAGAAGUUUUAAGACAGCUGAGACAAGGUCUCGCCAAGUGUUACGCAAUAGCAUUCGAGAAUCGUGGCGCAGUUAGUGAAGCAACGAUAACUCCCCAUACAUUAAACUUUGUAAAAAAGCUUGUAUCUACCUUUGGUAUUGGUAUUGAGAACAUAUCGUCCUCACAAAACAUGAGCAGCUCAUUUAGCUCGGCGGCAUCGGAGUCCUUGGCACGACGAGCACAAGCAACUGUACAGGAUCCUGUUUUCCAAAAAAUGAAGGGCCAAUUCACGAGUGAUUUUGACUUUACCGUACCUGGAGCUAGACUAUUACACAAUCUUAUUAGCAAGUUAAAGAAAUGGAUAAAGAUUCUCGAAGAAAAAACGAAACAAUUGCCAAAGUCUUUCUUAAUUGAGGAGAAAUGUCGCUUCUUGAGCAACUUUAGCUUAAAAACUGCGGAAGUUGAGCUGCCCGGUGAAUUUCUGAUACCUAGGCACUCGCAUUAUUCCGUAAAGAUAGCGAGAUUUGUGCCGCGUGUUGAGGUGGUUCAACGACACAACACGGCUGCCAGGAGAUUGCGUAUCCGCGGUCACAAUGGUCGUCUAUAUCCUUAUUUAGUGGUCAACGACGCCGGUCUAGGAGAUGCCAGACGUGAGGAACGUCUGUUACAACUGCUACGCAUGUUGAAUCACUACUUGACCAAGCAGAAGGAAACGUCGCGACGUUUCUUGCACUUUACAGUGCCACGACUCGUUGCCGUUUCGCCGCAGAUGAGACUCGUGGAGGACAAUCCGGCAGCCAUUUCCCUCUUGGAUAUUUACAAGCAGGGCUGCGCCAAGCUGGGAAUGGAACAUGACGCACCUAUCGCCAGGUAUUACGAGAAACUGGCCGCCGUACAGGCACGAGGCGUGCAAGCCAGCCAUCAAGUACUGCGGGAUAUUCUGAAGGAGGUGGAGACCACAAUGGUCUCCAAAGCUAUGCUCAAAGAUUGGGCGAUGAAGACAUUCCCUGGCGCCACCGACUAUUGGACGUUCAGAAAAAUGUUCACCCUGCAGCUGUCUCUAACAUGUUUUGCUGAAUACGUGCUUCAUCUUACACGACUCAAUCCUGACAUGAUGUACGUGCAUCAAGAUUCUGGUCUAAUCAACAUCGCGUACUUCAAAUUCGACAUUGACGACACCUCCGGAGAGUUAGAUGCAAACAGACCAGUACCUUUCCGUCUAACGCCCAAUAUUUUCGAGUUUCUCACAACUAUAGGAGUUUGCGGACCAUUGACCGCUAGCGCGAUUGCCACAGCGCGCUGUUUGGUUCAGCCUACAUUCCAACUACCCGCCAUACUUCGUGCGAUUUUGCGAGACGAGGUAAUCGCUGACCACAAACGGCAAGAAGAUGCCGAGGGCACAUCACAAGCGCCGACCGAUCCAAAAGGCGAACUCCUAAUAACGAUGGUGACCCGUGCUGUCACCGCGAUCGUUAAUAGACUGAACUCUCUUGCGAACUUCGACGGUAUUGACAGUAAAGUCAGCACACUGGUAGCUGCUGCCAACAGCCAUGACAAUCUCUGCAGAAUGGACCCUUCGUGGCAUCCGUGGCUGUAAGAUGCAGCACGUUUGGCCUAACUGUUUAUUAACAAACGAGAAAAGGAUUAAAAUUAUAUUUGAUUCACUUGCCCACAUACAUUCUUAUCUUUUACACUGACGCUGACUUUCAAAUUUAGAAGAUAAGAGACAAGCUAUAAUAAAAAAGCAUUAUUUAGUCUAUACAUAUGGGAGGAUGUUCAAGAAAAAGCGUUACAUAUUUUAAGAGCAGUCAGUAUUCAUCAAAACAAAAAAAAGUUUAUUGAGCGUAGGUUUUAAAACAAGUCGAGAUAUAAACCAGUAUUUAUUAUCGCUAUAGGAGAUGCUUUAUGGCCGGUAUUCAUAGUCGAUUCUUAUAUUUAAGAUUAUCUCGAGUACUGUUUUAAGAUGUUAUUAACUAAUCACAGCCGUAUUAGUUUAAAAUAUUACUCAAGACCGUCUUGAAAUAAGAUUCAAUUAUUAAUAUUGGUCCACAUCAGUGCUAUCCAAAAUUUGUAGUUUUUGACUUGAAAUUGACAUGUAUUGAUAUUCAUGACUAUUAUCACGCAUUACUACUUUACACUUCAUAGUUAUUUUCUCGUAAUGCGUUACACUUAAGGAUAAAACUAGAUCAUUAAAAAUUUUCGAAGUGUGUCAUUCGAAAUCUCUGUUAGAUAAUUCAAGAAAUUAUUAACAAAUUAGAUAUGAUUACAUAUAAUACUAUUAAUCAUAUACAUUCUGUUUUGUUAUGUUAAAUCUAUAAGUACCAAUUAUACAUAUAUAAUUAGUACUUAUAAAUUUAUAAACUCUUAAAAUAUAUAUAAUGUAAUGAGUAUAAAAUUAUAUUUUUAUACGCAUAUUGUUACAUAUAUUUAUAUUUUUAUAUAAUAUUAAUAAUAAUAUACUUUUUAACAAUAAAUGAUAUACAUAAAACACAAUUUCAGACUAGUCUUAUCUUUGAGACCAGCCGUCGCGCGUUAUGUAAGAAAACAGCUGCGAAAUUAGGAGUAUGAAUAGUAAUAGGCAUAAACACCGAGACAUUUUAAUUUCAAAUCCAAAAUUAUAAAUUCUGGAUGGCACUGAUGUACUCGUAUACUGACGAUAAAUACUAACGGGUGGCAUUCAUUUUUUUUACUACUUUAAUAUAAAAUAUUCUAAUUAUUCCAAAAGAAAAGUUGCACUGUAAGUAGCUGCGAUCAAUUGCAACGUAGUCACUUCCAGGCUGAUUUUAUCUCGACAGAGAUAUAAUUUUAGUAUUUAUGUUCACAAGAUUUUCUUGUUUUGAUAAAUACUGCCUGCUCUUAAAAUAUAUACAGUGAUGAACAGAAUAUGCAAUACUUUUUUUCGAUGGUUUUUAGAAUAGUCUACUCACCGAGCGAUUGACAUAAUUGGUUCUAAUCUAUAGAUCCAAACAAUUACAUUCGCCGCUCGAUUACCAAGGCUGUAUUCUAAAAUUCAUCCAUCACUGCACUUUUUCUUGAACAUCCUAUGUAUAAAUACAUUAAUAUACAUAUAGAUUAAUCGACAUUUGUACAGAAUAAAUCAAAACUUGUAAACUGCGAAUUUUAUGCACUCUACUCUUUAAGAGCCAUUUCAAUCAAUUCUGAUUAACUUUAAUCGAUGAUUAACUCAUUUAAGUAGCAAAAUAAUGUUAUUUUGACGUAAAAAUAACGUUUUUACAUUUGACGCUAAAAUGAAAAAUAACGUUAGCUUGUUACCUGCAUGAUUGAGUUAAUCGUCGAUAAAGUUCAUCGGAAUUGGUCGAAGUGACCUUAUAUAACUCUUAUUAUGUAUGUACAUUAUUUGCUUAUAAGAAUCAUUUUCAUUAUAUAGAUUUGCUGAUGGUUUCGAUAUAAUGUGAAAUUAGUCAGUUCCUAGCGUAUCAUUGGCUGUAAGUAGGCUAGAUUUUAAGAAACUUUGUAAGAAUAGUUCUCUUGCUAAAAAGUAGAAUAUAUACUUGAGGUAUAAAAUACUUAUUUAUUAUAAAUAGCACACAGAUUUGGAAUUUACAUAAAAAUUGUAUGAAAUAAUAAGAUUCUUAAAAAAA